UCAUGAAUUUUGUCUGUGAAUCAUCAUUCUUUUAUACUCAUCACAUAAAAACUCAACAAAUCAGUUGCACCAAAUGUGCGUACAGUAUCGUCAUGUCAUAUCGCAAAUAUUCUUUCUAAUAUUCCUGGCUUUCAAGAUGCAUUAUUGUGCUCGUGCUCAAAUACGUAUAUGUAUAUGAGUUUUAAGUAGUUUGGUGACGUGACAAUUUACAUAGAUUUCGAGUUUGUCUGGAAUUGAUAUUGAUUGCGUCGGAGAGUUAUGCGGCUUCCAAAAAGAGAAAAGGAUUCUGAGAGAUACAACAAACCGAGUCAAACCGAAUUUAGGAUACAACUCCGAAGAGAACUGGGAAACGGAGGCAGGCUGAAGCGAAAGCAACAACCACCACGGGCAACAAAUCGUUCGCCACUCUCCAUCCAGUAGUAUCUACCAAGUUCAGAUAAGGAGAGGGGCAGACCUGGUGAAACUGCCAUAAGCUUAUUCCCUCAAAAGUUUACUUUCUCUGCUUGUGUAUAUCUGUUGAGCAACCUUGUGAUUUCUCUCCACAUUUCUUAUGGAUCUUGGAGUUGACACACGUUAAGCUCUCUUGGCCACCCUUGCACUGCUAGGACAGACUACACCACACUUCUCGCGUACCAAUUACCACCACCUUUCACUUGAGAAACUUUCACCGACGACAUAAUGUCUUCCAUCCACUUACUCUGAUCCAUCCUCAUCAUUUUCACAUCUUGUCAAGGAAUUGCCCUGCUAGGCUAACAAACAUUCAUAGCGUAAUAGAGGAGCAACAGUGGAGAAAGUAAUAUAAUAUUCCUAGUCUAACGUCGUACACAAGUGGACCAUAUGUCUAUCUACACAUUGAACCUUGUUCGUUUAUCAGAUAACAUUUGGGUCUUAUUUGCCAACAAUACUUGCCAACGGAAUCAAUAUUUAGGCACCACUCUGGGAACACAGGAUAUCCAACACGCAAUGACUUUUCCACUCUUUACGAGGAAAUAAGAGAAUAAUAAAUACUUAUCAUAUCAUCAAGUUUUCGAACAUUGUGCCGCCGUAAAUCAACAUUGAUUUCAUCUUAUCGAGAGAAGAAAGAAGUCUUGAUUUCUUCAUAUACUGAGUAAUCUCUUCCCUGGGGUGACCUCACUUCUCAUUUCAACAACUUUCCCCUCUGCACAACAAAGAAUAAAACCUUGCUGAUUUAGAUCUCAUUUUCCUUGGGAUUUUUUUUGUAAAAACACUGAAAAGAAAAGAAGCACUGUUGGUAGCAGCGUCUGUCUCACUCAAUUUCUCGUCGGUGUUGAAGGAAGCAACCACAAUUUUCUAAGGACAAAAUAUCUCAAUAAACUCGCAACCACGUCAGCCACAUUUGACGCCGAGGACUUUCUGCUUGAUGCAGGAAGAAUGGCCAAGUACAAACGGGCCGAGCUGAUGGAGGAGGAGGACUCUGUGCACCUGGACCACAUGAAGACGCAUGUAAUUCCUAUUCAACCUCCUGGGAUUUGGACCUCAUGGAAGUCUCGAAGUUUGCUUGAAAAAUUUUUAGCCUCGCUUUCUGCCCUUCUCGUCCUUCUCCUAAUUUCAGUUUUGUUUCUUCUGUGCAAAACCUGGAACUCUUGGUACAUUCUCCGAGUUGAGCAUCAGACCACGGACUUAUGCCUCACUCCAACUUGCAUAAAAGUAUCUUCCAACAUACUCACUUCGUUGGACACUACAAUGAAUCCUUGCCAAGACUUUUACCAGUAUGCGUGUGGAGGAUGGAUACGCAGUAAUCCAAUUCCAGAGGGAAAGUCUACUUGGGGGACCUUUCAAAAAUUAUGGCAGCAAAAUCAACUCGUAAUGAAAAUUUCUUUGGAGAAGGAAGACCUCAAGAAGAGUAAGGCAGAGAUGAAAGCAAGUCUAUAUUAUCAGUCCUGCAUGGACAAGGAUGAAAUUCAGACAAAGUUGGGAGCAGAGCCAUUGAUUAAAUUGCUUGCAGAAGUCGGUGGUUGGUCUGUAACUCCCAGUGGCUUCAAUGUUUCUACUUUCUCCUACCAAAAGCAAAUGCAGAUUUUGCACAAUGACUACAACAUGGGAGGCUUCUUCACAUGGGCCGUGGGUGAGGAUGAUAGGAACUCUACCCGUCAUGUUAUCCAGUUGGAUCAAGGAGGAUUAACAUUACCUACGCGAGACUACUACUUGAACUCCACUCAUGAGAAGGUUCGGGAGGUUUGCAUCGAUUAUAUGGUUAAGUUGUCCACCCUCCUGGGUGCAAGAGACGAGAAUAAAACACGAGAAUACAUGCAAGGGAUAUUAGACUUUGAGACUGAGCUGGCAAAAAUUACAAGCCCAUCUGAUGAAAGACGAGACGAUGAAAAGUUAUACCAUGCCCUAAAUCUCACUGAUUUACAAAACCUAGCACCUGCUAUUUCUUGGGAAACGUAUUUCAACUCUGGCUUUGACAAGAUCAACAGGACCAUCAAACCCGAUGAGACGGUCGUCGUCUAUGCGCCAGAGUUUCUCACAAGCAUGUCUCAAUUAAUUAUGACCAAGAAUGCCACUGCUGAAGGGAGAAUUAUCCUCAAUAACUAUCUUGUUUGGCAUACUGUGAAAGCUAUGACAUGUUGUCUCUCUAAACCGUUUAAAGAUGUCGAGAAGCUACUGAGAAAAGCAAUUCUGGGGUCAGAUGGGACUGAGGAACAGUGGCGUGUCUGUGUUUCUGAUACGAAUAACAACAUGGGUUUCGCCGUGGGGUCGAUGUUUGUUCGCGAGGCAUUUCACUCGAAUGCCAAACCCUUGGCACAAGAAAUGAUUGAACAAAUCAGAAUCGCUUUCCAAGACAAUUUGAGAAAUCUUGCUUGGAUGGAUGAUGAAACGAGACAACUGGCGAAGGAGAAAGCAGCUGCUAUAACCGAUAUGAUUGGCUUCCCAGAGUUUAUUCUAAAUCAGGAUCAACUAGAUAAAAAAUAUGACAAUUUGACAAUCAAUCAGACGGACUACUUUGGAAACAAUAUUCGAGUGAGCAAAUUUAGCCUGUUGAAGAAUUUAGAGAAAUUGGAUGAGCCUGUUAACAGAACCAAAUGGGGUAUGACACCGCCCACAGUGAAUGCAUACUACACGCCCACUAGCAAUCAAAUGGUGAUUCCUGCUGGGAUUUUACAGUGGCCAUUUUUCAGCCCAGAUUUCCCUAAAAGUGUCAAUUAUGGAGCUAUUGGAGUUGUAAUGGGCCAUGAGUUAACCCACGCAUUCGACGACCAAGGGCGUGAAUAUGACAAAGAGGGUAACCUUCACCAGUGGUGGCAAAAUGCCACUAUCGAUCGCUUCAAGAAAGCCACAGAAUGUGUCAUCAACCAAUACAGUUCAUUUAAAGUUGAGGGAGAAUUUGUCAAUGGGAAGCAAACUUUGGGGGAAAAUAUUGCAGACAAUGGAGGACUAAAGGCUGCUUUCCAUGCAUAUCGCAAUUCAAAAAUUAAAGACCUUCCAUUACCCGGCCUUAACAUUACUCAUGACCAAUUAUUUUUCAUUUCAUUCGCGCAGGUUUGGUGUUCAUCUAGUCUGAAGGAAACGCUAAUUCUUCAAUUAGAAAAUGAUCCUCAUGUUCCAGCUCCACUCCGAGUUCGUGGACCACUUUCCAAUCUUCCAGAGUUUGCAAAAACAUUCAGGUGUACAAAGGGGACGAGAAUGAAUCCUGAGAAAAAGUGUACCGUUUGGUGAUCAGUGUACCUUGUCAACUUCCUCGUGAUGGUGUUGAUUGAGAUUUAUUUUGGUGAUUACAUACCUCACUCUUAUCUUUUAUGCCAAUUUCCCAUUUUAUAUAGAAUUUACUGCAGUCAUCAUAGAAUCCCUUUCGUUAUUUAGACUAUUGUUAUGCUACGGUAUGCUAUGAAUCAUGUUUUUAUUUUUGUUUUGUUAUGAUGAACGGACGGUUGACUGAUACUUAAUUAUUUAAACUCAUCCUCGUCGUAAUAAUAUUUUUCUGCUUCGGUGAUAAUCACGAAGUAUUUGCAAACAGUAUUAUAUGCUUAACACAUUCUUAACAUCGGGAUUGUACCUAUGCAAUUAAUUUAUAACGAACAUACAAGCUUUAAUAACCAGAUUGACGCUAACCAGUAGCAGUUGAAUUUAUAAAACUAUAGAUAAAUAUAAUUAAAUAAGAUGCAUACGUAUGAACACUUGCAGGUAUUCCAACUGUCACAAUAAGAAUCCAAAGAUCAUUCUAGUUUGCCAAUUAAGUGAUAAGUUUAUUAUAUCUGUUUGUACCUGACGGAUUUAUGGCGUUUGUGAUAUUUUAAAUAUCAAAAAAGUUUGAGAUUUGGAAAAAUAAAGUGAAUACAACUCACAAAUAA